AUGAUCUCUUUCGCCCUUUCCCUUCCGAUCAUCCCCGUCCACCGUUCCCUCUCUCUGUUUCACCGUCGGCCUCCCCUCCCUGUUCUCUCUCGUCGCCCUGUUUCCUUUUUUUUUCUUCCUGCCAUCUAUUCCCGCUUCCCGCGUUCUCUCUGCGCAAUCUAUUUCUCUGGAUCAUUGUUUUCAUCCCUCUGUACUCUCCUAGGACUUCAAAGUGGGACUGACAUUCCUGCGCGCCCUCCUGUCCCUCCCCCCCCCUCCUCCCGUCCCUCUCUUCCUCCCUUCCCUCUCUUCCUCCCGUCCCUCUCUUCCUUCCGUCCCUCCCCUCCUCACGUCCCUUCCCUCUCCCGUCCCUCCCAUUUCCCGUCCCUCCCCCCUCCCGUCCCUCCCCUUUCCGUCCCUCUUUUCCGUCCCUCCGUCUCCCGUCUCUCCCCUUCUCCAGUCUCUCCCCUCUUCCCGGCUCUCCCCUCCUCUCGUCCCUCCCCCUCUCCCGUCCCUCCUCUCCUCGCUUCCCUCCCAUACCCUCUCCCCCCUCUCCCCCCUCUCCUUCCUCUCCUCCUCUCCCUCCUUUCCUCACCCUCCUCGCCUUUCUCUCCCUCCACUUCAUCCCCUUCCUUCCACCCUUCUCUCCCUCCACUUCAUCCCCUUCCUAUCCAUCCUCUCCCUCCUUUCCUCACCCUCCUCUUCCUUCUCCCAUACUUCUCACCCACUUUUCGCUGCUUCUGUCUUUUCGCCCACUUUGGGGCUUCAGAGUUUGGGGGUUGA